CAAGGGCGCGAUCUUGUAAGCGUUCCAAAAUGGAACGGAGGCGUUCCGUUCCAUCGAGCCGCACACGAUUGGUCAAUUUGAACCAUGACGAACGCCAUGACGUCAAUUGUGACGUGAACCGUGACGUCUUGCUGCUGUCAAUCAUUCCGUGUCGUCUGCUAACGGACGAACGCAACGGAACGGUUGCCGAGUCCGUCCGUUUCGAUAGAACGGAUUAGAACGGCUACCAGACGACUUGGAUUGGAUUGAAACGUAAGCGCUUGGGACAGUUAGCCUCUUUCGUAUCCGGUUCAAUCCAAAUCGGGAAUCCCAACAGUUGGAGAAAAUGGCGUUUUCUUUCUCUGCCGUGUCUUUUCGUGUCGCCUGUGCGGCUGCUGCAGCCGCGCAGAGACGAUGACCCGAGGUAGAUGAUGCAUUUAAAGAGUUGACGGAGGAAGAGUUCCGGCAAUAUUUUCGUCUGUCCAAACGAACAGUGCGUCGCUUGUGCGACGAGCUUGACUCCAUCAUUGGAUGCCAGCGAGCCAGUGGCCUUUCCACAGAAAGGAAGGUGUUGUGCGCGCUGCGAUUUUUCGGCACUGGAAGCUUCCGGAGGAGCGUUGGUCGCGAGGAGUAAAUAGGCAUGGCGCAGCCGGCCGCGAGCAACACCAUCCAGGAGGUGACGGAGGCCAUCAUUUCCGUGUCUGCCCGGAGAAAGUUGGUGGACUUUUCAUUGACACCGGCUGCCAAGGAUGAGGCAAAGGCGGCGUUUGCGCGACGCGGUGCCAUUCCAGGCGUGCUAGCGUGCGUCGACGACACGUUGAUCGCCGUUAUGAAGCCAGAGGGACUCAGCCCGGCCGACACGGCGAGCUUCAUGUCGAGGAAGGGUUAUUACGCCCUCAACGUCAUAGUCGUGUGCAACUCGGAACUUUGCAUCCUUGUUGUGGACCUCCGGCUCCCUGAUUCGGGCCACGACUCUUGGAUGUGGCAGCAUAAUGCACUGUGUACGCGCCUCGCCGCACAACUGCAGCCUGGCGAGUCUCUGCUUGGUGGCCAGCUACGACUAGUGCCAGGGAGCGCACCUUCUCCAGUAUGCCCUCCUGAGCCGCUGCCGUCCUCUCUGCCGCGAUGGCGAGCCGGGUGGUGGAUGGUUCGAUCCUUCGCAGCACCUGAAAUGAAUAAUUGUGGUGGAAUUGUUCAUAUGAGUUGCUGA